CGCGGUUUAUUUUUUUUAAAUGAAUUUUAUCACUGUCGAUUUGGUCGAUCAUAUCAAUUUGUCGAAAUCUGUUGAAGAUGAAGUGUUUAUUUUACGGUUACUACAUAACGCUGUUGAGUUUUUUCCCAAUUGGAGACACUACAAUCUUUGCAAAUAUGUACCCUCGCGUUAAGGCGCGAGCCAAAUGUGAUGGAAACGCCGGUGCGCCGUUGAUUCUGACUCCAUACUUGAAGUCGGGCCGUAUAGAGUUAGCGCAGAACUUGUCGCGGGUGCCUCUGACUACCAAAAUUGGAUUUCAAAGUCACGCCGGCUUUUUCACUGUAGAUCCCCAGUACAACUCGAAUCUCUAUUUUUGGUAUUUCCCGCCGUUUUCCAAGCAACAGGACGCUCCCAUAUUGUUGUGGCUGCAAGGCGGGCCUGGCGGCAGUUCUCUAUACGGUUUGUUCACUGAACUGGGCCCUCUUAUAGCAAAGAAGGGUGGAUUCUCAUUGAGAAAAUACCACUGGGCACGGAACCAUCACUUGAUCUUCAUUGACAACCCAGUUGGAACUGGCUUCAGCUUUACAAGCUACAGGGAUGGCUACUGCACUGACGAGAACUGCAUAGGGAAAGGGUUGUACAGUGCAAUGCUGCAAUUCUUCACCCUUUUCCCAGACUUAGCUAAUAAUGACUUCUUCAUCACAGGAGAAUCAUAUGCUGGCAAAUAUAUACCAGUUUUAGCAUUAGAGAUACACAAUCACAAUAUGAAAGGGGUAGUAAAUAAAAUCAAUUUAAUAGGUAUGGCCAUAGGCAAUGGAUUUUGUGAUCCCGUAAACCAGCUAGAUUAUGGAAGUUACUUGUACCAACUAGGGUUAAUUGAUCAAAAUCAAUGUAAACUUUUUAAAGAACUACAGAAGAAAAUUGUGGAAGCAAUACAAGCUGAAAUGUGGGGUGCAGCUGAUAUCCUAAUGGACAAACUGUUGGAUGGCGAAAUAGCAAACUUUUCAUACUUUAAAUCCUUCACAGGGUUCAAUUCUUAUUACAACUUUCUAAUAACAGAGGACCACACAGACAUGUCAGUAUUUAUGGAUUUACUAGAAAAUGACAGUAUAAGACAAAGUAUCCAUGUUGGAGGUUUACCGUUCAACUCCGGCGAAAAUGUUGUGUUUAAUUUGUCUCUUGACAUCCUUCAGUCUGUCGCUCCUAUUAUCUCAGAGUUGUUAUCUCACUAUAGAAUAUUAUUUUAUAACGGUCAAUUGGACAUAGUUGUAGCUUACCCAUUAACAGAAAAUUUUCUACGUAAUUUAGCUUUUAGCGGAUCUCAAGAAUAUAGUAAAGCUCCAAGAGCUAUAUGGUUGGUAGAUGGUGAGAUUGCAGGUUACAUUAAGAAAGCUGGUAAUCUAACUGAAGCACUUGUUCGUAAUGCAGGUCACAUGGUGCCCCGUGACCAGCCCAAAUGGGCCUUUGACCUGAUUACUCGUUUUGUACGGAAUAAACUAUGAUCAUAAGCGGUACUUUCUAUAAGUUAAUGUAUAAAUACAGAACAGUCUGGUAGAAAUCUACUAUAAUAAACUUUUUAUAUUCUUUCAA